CCUCCUCCCUCCUUCCAUCCCUCUCACUCACGUUGUCUCCCUCUCUCUCUCUCCAUCACUCAUUCUCUCUUCCUCUCUCCCUCUCUCCCUCUCUCCUCUUCUCACUUUCUCUCUCUCCCCCCAACACCCCUCACUCCCCCGUCAACCGGGCCGCCUCGACUCCAGACGCCCGCUUGAUUUCUUCGCCACUUACUCAACACCUAGCCUCAUCGCCUCCCCGCCAUUCACGGGACAGCUCAACCUCGACCCACCCUCCCAAUCACAAUGGCGUCCCCAACGACUCAGACGGCCAACGCCAUCCGAGCAAUCACUAACAAGAACUCCAUCCCCGUCCCCGAGAUCGACUUUACUCAGCACACUUUGGAGAAUGGCGAGACAGUCAGCACAACCGAGCGUGUCGUCAAGGAUGUGCAAGCGCCAGCAAUGUACCUGCCCACCGACGACCAGUUCUGGAGCAAGCAGGACCGGUCUAAGCCUGACAUUGCCUUCCUCAAGAACCACUUCUACCGCGAGGGUCGUCUGACCGAGGAGCAGGCCCUGUACAUCCUCGAGAAGGGUGGCGAGAUCCUGCGCUCCGAGCCCAACCUGUUGGAAGUCGACGCGCCCAUCACUGUCUGCGGCGACAUCCACGGCCAAUAUUAUGACCUGAUGAAGCUCUUCGAGGUUGGCGGCAACCCCGCCGACACGCGCUACUUGUUCCUCGGCGACUAUGUUGACCGUGGAUACUUCUCGAUCGAGUGUGUGCUCUACCUGUGGUCGCUCAAGAUCUGGUACCCCGACACCCUCUUCCUUCUCCGUGGCAACCACGAGUGCCGUCACCUCACCGACUACUUCACCUUCAAGCUCGAGUGCAAGCACAAGUACUCGGAGACGGUCUACAACGCGUGCAUGGAGACGUUCUGCAACCUUCCCCUUGCGGCGGUCAUGAACAAGCAGUUCCUCUGCAUCCACGGCGGUCUGUCGCCUGAGCUGCACACGCUUGAUGACCUGCGUGCGAUCAACCGCUUCCGCGAGCCGCCUACUCACGGCCUCAUGUGCGACAUUCUCUGGGCCGACCCGUUGGAGGACUUUGGCAAUGAGAAGAACCCAUCCGAAAACUUCAUCCACAACCACGUCCGUGGCUGCUCGUUCUUCUUCACGUACAAUGCGGCGUGCCAGUUCCUGGAGCGCAACAACCUGUUGUCGAUCAUCCGUGCUCACGAGGCACAGGACGCUGGGUACCGCAUGUACAAGAAAACCAAGACGACGGGCUUCCCUUCGGUCAUGACCAUCUUCUCGGCGCCCAACUACCUCGAUGUGUACUCGAACAAGGCCGCUGUGCUCAAGUACGAGGCCAACGUUAUGAACAUCCGCCAGUUCAACUGCACGCCACACCCGUACUGGCUGCCCAACUUCAUGGACGUGUUCACUUGGUCGCUGCCAUUCGUUGGUGAGAAGAUCACCGACAUGCUCAUUGCGAUCCUCAACUGCUGCACCAAGGAAGAGCUCGAGGAGGAGGAGGAGACGCCCAUGAUCACACCCGACACACCGGAAAUGGAGACGGACGACGUGUCUGCCGAACGGCGGCAGGUUAUCAAAAACAAGAUUCUUGCCGUUGGCCGCAUGUCGCGUGUUUUCUCGCUCCUCCGCGAGGAAUCGGAACGCGUGUCCGAGCUCAAGUCUCUUACCGGCUCUGGGACGUUGCCCGCCGGUCUGCUUGCUAACGGGGCCGAGGGCAUCAAGGAGGCUAUCCAAGGCUUUGACGACGCGCGCAAGUCGGACAUUGAGAAUGAGCGUCUGCCGCCCGACAUUAUUGACCCGGAUGUCAACAUGCCCGCGUCGCCAUCGAGCAACUCGACUCCCGCGUCGCCCAUCGCGUCUGGUGUGCCAGGCUCGCCUGCCUCGCCGGCGUCACCCACGACGCCAGGCAGCUACCGCCGGGGCCACGCUCGCACCACGUCGCUCGGCACAACGCGUACGUCGCCGUCGAACCGCCGCCGUUCGCUCGAGAACACUAUGGAGUUGAUUCGCGAUGUUGUGGAUGGCCGCGACGCCAACGCCGACCAGCAGGUGCGCGAGAUUGCCGAGGUGAUUUCGAGCCCUACGCGCGCUCGCCCCGAGCACUCUCUUGCUUAGAUGUGAUUGAAUGGCCUCCUUCAACGCUUCUUUGACCCCCACCAUCUUAAUGCAAUAAACGCGCCGGCCGGGCGGCCACUAUGUAGAUACCUGCACCGCGAGGC